AUGAGCAGGCAUUCAAGACGACUCGUCACCGUGCAUCGGCAUCGAAGCCUCGGAUUGAUCCGCAGCGGACGACACACGUCCUCAAUGACAAUUGACAUAAAUCGCCGAAAGCGGGCCAGAUUAGCCGAUAGCCGCCGAUUACCUCUGUGGCUCGAACUCUCGCCUCUGCGAAGCCGCUUUUGUGCUGUGAAGUGCCCGUGGCCUUGGGCCGAAUUUCAAGCACCUCGUCUGUUCCUCUUUCGCCUUUCACGCCUCAACCGUCAUCCGUUGUGUUGUUUCUCCCCCCUCUCCGUCUCCCUCGUUUCCUUCGUCGAACUGACGGCGGCGAACACCAGACCGGGCAAAACAAACCGACCGUCUGUCUGUCCGUUCGCCGGUUCUGCCGCCGUUCUGACGCGUCUCGCAACGUGGUCCCUGAUCGCGACUGUUUGA